AUGUCGGAGUCGAAGUUGAAGCUGUCGCGGGAGGAUGUGCAUGAAUUUGUUCGUGCCAUGACGGCAGAGAUGCAGACACCGUCUUUUGUUGAAAAAUUGCGCGAGGCGGUCAAGCAGGAGCCAAUCCCUACAAGCGAGUCGGAGCUUAUGGCCGUCUUUGAGGCUCUACAGGUGGAGUUUCUCACACGUUAUGAGGCUACACGAAAGUGUGGGGGAAAUGUGCAACAAGAGAAGCAAGAUAACGCGACUAUACCAGAUGGCAACGCAAUCCUGCAAGAACUGAGGGAGGCAGUGCUGCACUACCCAGACAAGGAGACAGAAGGAAUGAUUAGACAAAUGUGCAUGUUGCAGGAGUCGCAGAUGCUGUCGGUGUGCGCGUCCACGCCGUCACUGGCGCCGCUGGUGCAGCCAAGGGGAGAUGGGUGUCAGCAUGCUCAUUGUCAUGGUCAUGGUCACAGCCAUGGGGCCCCGGAUGCGCAGCAGAUGAUGGAAAUGCAAAUGGCAAUUCAAUCCCUCUCCCCGCAGCUACGGCAGGAUAUGACACGCAUUCAACAAACCAUACACAGUGGUCAACAGCCCUCGGGGGAAGAUGUACUAAAGAUGCGGGAGAUACAGUCCCACAUAAAGGCAUUUAUUACCACGCUGAGACAAUUCAAUGCUGGAAACACGGCUACGAAGAAGUGA